AAGAAGCAAAGAGGCCAACUGUUUUCUGUAGAAAUUAAGAAACAUUUAUCUUAUCUGUCAUCUUCAGGAAGUGACUCUGUUCAGAUCAGAAGCUCCAGAACAGCUGCAGUGUGUUUGGUUCUGCUGUGUGUUCUUCUGCUGACUGCAGUCAUAGUGCUGUGUGUCCACAUCCAUACAAACAACACAAACUACACACAAGAGACACACCAGCUACUGACCAACAUCACCAACCUCACAGAAGAAAGAGAUGAGCUAAUAAUACAGAAUGAAAAUCUGUCAAAUGAGAGAAACCAGCUAAUAAAUCAACUUUCAAUUCUUGGUAAAGACGGUCAGUGCUUGGACAACCCUAAAUGGAUAACGUACAAGCGCAAUUCUUACUAUGUUUCCUCUGAGUGGAAGAACUGGGUUGACAGCAGACGAGACUGUUUGCAGAGAGGAGCAGAUCUGAUCAUCAUAAACAACAAAGAGGAACAAGAAUUUAUUACAAAAGUUACUAGUGCGAACAUUGUGUGGAUUGGUCUGACUGACAGUGAUAAUGAGGGGGUCUGGAAGUGGGUUGAUGGCAAUGCACUGACCACUGGGUUCUGGGCAAACACGGAGCCCAAUAACAUUGCUGGAGAUGAGGACUGUGCUGUAUCUAGCUUUUAUUGGGCUGAUUUUCCAUGUCAUUUCACCUUUGUAUGGAUUUGUGAGAGGGAUUUAGAGGUUUAACAAAGUUGUUAAAUCAAAUCUGUACCUCCAAAGCAAUGCAGUAACCAAAUAGA